CUGAAAGACACUGGAGUGAUUUUGAUGCGUUCUCAACGCCGUUUUAUUUCAUGUGGUGCGAAAGCUAUUGGUGGCGAAGCUUGAGAUUCAAAUGGCGACCGACCGCAUCGUGAGCUGUUACAGCCAAGUAAUCGAUGACGGUUGCCGUAGUGGACUCUAUGACGUAGUGGACCUCGUGCUGAUUUACCAGGUGUCGGUGCUUCGUCGAUUCAAGCGUCUAUACGCUUGAAGACCAGUUCGUCUUCAAAGAAGCAUCAACUGGAGGAGAAGUAUACUGGUUGCCGCCAAAGUAGGCCUAAUGAAGCGAGGGGAAGGUAGUAAAACGGAACGGCAACAUAGCACUUGCUGGUCUCGCUGCAGAGAGGGACAUCACCGGUGCGUCGGGACACUGCAGCGCGCUUCAAAGUUACUGGACCCAACAAUUACUCGUAUAGGCCUGUGUUUGGAAGUUGUUCCAACGAAAAAAAAAGAAGUUCGUAACAGCCGAGGACACGCUUCGCCGCGCUACAUCAUGCAAGUGUCUCCCCCUGUAACACAGAACCUAACCACGUCCCUGCUCCUAGCCUCGAUCUACAGAAUCAACGCUAUUCUGAACCUUGGGCCUCCGGGUACUAGGUCUACCCAUUCAUAUGCUCGCCUGCCUGAGGGGGGUACCACAGGGAAGACGCGCAGUUCUCGCAGGGCUAAGUCCCGAGAAGACGAUGUGGCGUCAGAAACCGCAGCAUCUAAUUUAACGCCAUCCAGUCCCGCCAGGCGUCUCCACCGGCCUGAGGUACGCUGCAGCGACGAACUCAUCUUGGUUGAAAGAUGAAAGUCACUGAAAAGCCAGGGUUUACAAACCGUUGCGCCGCUCCAACUGGGGGAAACUACAACUUCGGACCGGAAGUUCGAAGUCCCACUAUGCGUAGCGCCAGCUCUCUUGAGGCUACUUUGAGGCCACUCAUUUCCUCAGCGCUUGGUCCUCGCCGGGGACGUCUGUAUAGGUGCUUCCUUUAUCUUCGAUGUAUUUCUGUGAGGUUUACACGUAGAUUUCUACGAGCGAUACACAUACCAAUACGGCGGGAUACGAUGGAGACCACGUCCUGGGCUGACUUCACAGAGAACUGCGCCGACACGCAUGUCUUCCUCUUUCUCGCAUACCGGUGGUCGCUGGAUACCGGUGGAGAAGGCUGCGCCGGUACUUGGUAAGUGAACUGCCGACGCCACCUAGGUAAAG